GGUGUGAGGCACAGUAGAGCCUCUCAUCCUAAGGCCUUCGGAUGUCUAGCCAUGUGUGUGGCCGCAUCCUUCUGCGAGCAGCCAGCAGCACCCUCAGCCCUCUCUCUCCCCAGGUAGGUGCUGUCAGAGAUCAGAAACACCAAAGCUUUCAAUCAGUGACUGGUUUAGGCCUAUUGUCUGGGAAACCAGGUGUGUGCACUCUCAGAAAGUAGACUAAAUUACAUGAAUGGAAAACGUGCACUAAGUGCGACAGAGAAACACUAUCGUGCACUAUCCAUGUAAAUGCUGGCCAGUCAUAUCUAUCCAUUUCCUCUCCUGUCUUUCUCUCUUGGCCAGCAUGCCCUCUACUCCUCCAUACCCUCCUGCCCCUCCCCCUCUCAGUGGCCCAGUCUGACCCAGCGAGCCUGCCUCUCCUCCUGGGGCUGCUCUGGGUCUGGUGCUAGGUGUAGGUCUGGGGCCACCAUGCGUUUCCUCUCCACCUGUCAGGACCUGGACUUCCAGCUGAGCCGUGUCCAGAUCAGCAGCAUCCUGCGAGCCAACGAGCAGGUACCACUUAUUAUAAUAAUCACUACAUAAUCAUAUAAAGCAGGCGUUUUCAAUUCCCAUCUGUAUGUGGGCCACCUCAGGAUGCACAUUUUCAUUCCAGCCCAAUGAUAUUGCACCUGUUUCAACCAAUAAUCAAUGCCCUUGGGUAGAUUAAUCAGGUGUGAUGGCAUUGGGCUGGGCUUUCCCAGGACCAAAAACCCAUGAUAUAAGGCAUCAAGCAGGGUAAUGCCUUUCUGUCUAAUGAAGGUUCUUGAUGUAGUUGUCUAGUAUUUUGUCAUGGAGCUAUUGUUGUCGAUGGUCUGCAUUCACACCCUGCCUGCAUCAGGGUGCAUAGCUCUGGUCUUCAAGUCCUAGUUACUGUCCUUGUCUUUUAACUAGAUUGAUUUCUGCCUGAGCAACCCGAGAUGUGGAGACUAGCCUAUCAAUUAAGUACGUUGAUCAAGUGCCAGGGAGAUGCAGUAUGAAAACCAGCAGGACAACUGCCUUAUAGUGCUGGAGUUGUGCACCCCUAACCAACAACCAGUUAUUUAAAUACACCCAAUUGUUCUCUCUAACCCAGGCUGUGAGCAUCCCUGAGUUUGAUGGCCGGGGUCUCAGUGCUGUGAGGAAGUUUGAGAGCAACCAGCUGGCAGCUAACACCCCCAACGAGGACCGCCGCAGCGCAGCCACCUGCCUACAGGUGAGUGUUGUUGUUAGUUACAAACAUUUGGUGUUCAUUUCCUUAUCUCACCCCUCACACACUCCCCCAGACCCUCCCUCUCUCUCUCCCCCAGACUAAGGGAAAGUUAUCCAGGGUGUUUGACAGUCUCUCUCCCCCAGACUAAGGGCAUGUUGUUCGGGGUAUUUGACGGCCAUGGUGGCUGGGCGUGUGCCCAGGCGGUCAGUGAGCGUCUGCUGUACUACGUGGCGGUGGCCAUGAUGUCCCAGAGAGGACUGGAGGAGCUGGAGCACUGCAUGGAGCAGAGCAGGCCUGUCCCGCCCAUCCUACAGUGGUACAAAAACCAUGGAGACUACAACUACAGAGAGUCAGCCUCACUCUACGUAGAACACCUCCGGGUCUUCUGGCAGGAGCUGCUGGACAGCGAGGAGCACGGCGACGGAAUGAGGUGGGGCUGUGUGUAUAAGUUGUGUGAGACAUUGAGCAUGGUAAGAGCCUGACUCCAUCUCUCUGAUUAGUAUUGUAACCCAACUGUUUUUGUCUUCCUGUUCUUAUACAUCUCUCCAACCAUCCUCCAUGCCUCCCUCCCAGUCCUCCUGAUGCUCUGUACUAUGCCUUUAAGCGUCUGGACACAGAUAUCUCUCUGGAGGCCCAGGUCCCACUCUCCAGCGACCUCAUGAGGAGUACUGCCAUACAGGUGUGAGUGUGUGCCAUCCACCUCAUUCCAGAUUAAUUAGGAAUUUCAGAUUUUCUCACUGGUCUUUAAUUUAUUGUGGCAAUUAAUUGGGUGCAUUCCCCCCCCCCUGACUUUCUCUGUUGUGUUUAACACAUCCAACCAGGUGGCGUUUGCUGGCUCCACAGCCUGUGUUGCCCAUGUAGGCACUGAGGGGAUCCAUGUGGCGAACGCAGGUAGGGUGGUAGUGUCGUACAGGUGGGAUAUACACUGAGUGUACAAAACAUUAGGAACACCUCCUCUUUCCAUUAAAUAGACUGACCAGGUGAAAGCUAUGAUCCCUUAGUCACUUGUUAAAUCAUUGUGGUCCUCUGUAGCUCAUACACAAAAAUGUAUGCACGCAUGACUGUAAGUCGCUUUGGAUAAAAGCGUCUGCUAAAUGGCAUAUUAUUAUUAUUAUUAUAAAACCAUUUCAGUGAGUGUAGAUGAAGGGGAGGAAACAGGUUAAAUAAGUAUUUUUGAGCCUUGAGGGUGAAUGGGCAAGAGAAAAGAUUGAAGUGCCUUUGAACGGGGUAUGAUAGUAGGUGCCAGGCGCACUGGUUUGAGUGUCAAGAACUGCAACUCUGCUGGGUUUUUCACGCACAACAGUUUCCCGUGUGUAUCAAGAAUGGUCCACCACCCAAAGGACAUCCAGCCAACUUGACACAACUGUGGGAAGCUUUGGAGUUUUCAAUUUUUUUUGUAAUUUAGCAGACGCUCUUAUCCAGAGCGACUUACAGUUAGUGAGUGCAUACAUUUUUCAUACUGGCCCCCUUGGGAAUCGAACCCACAACCCUGGCGUUGCAAGCGUCAUGCUCUACCAACUGAGUUACAGGAGGGCAGCAUCCCUGUGGAACGCUUUCGACACCUUGUAGAGUCCAUGCGCUGACGAAUUGAGGCUGUUCUGAGGGCAAAAGGGGGUGCAACUCAAUAUUAAGGUGUUCUUAAUGUUUUGUACACUCAGUGUAUAAUGGAAUUGUAUCAUGACAACUCUGUGAUAAUAACACUCUUAAAGUACUCCCUGUUUUCAACAAAUGGACAAAAUACUAUACUAUUAUUUUCUUCCUUGAACACAGUUGAAAAUGAAGUUCUAUUCUAUUGUGCGGUGUAAACUCAGGUGACUGCCGUGCAGUGCUGGGGGUGCAGGAGGAGGACGGGUCGUGGAGCGCCUUGCCCCUGUCCCAGGACCACAAUGCCCAAAACGAGGCUGAGCUGGAGAGGCUCCGAGCCCAGCACCCCCCCUCGGAGAGGGACACGGUGGUCACUGACGACAGGCUGCUGGGGGUCAGAACACACCCUCACAUAGAGGAUUAGAUCAUAUACUGUAGAUUUAUUUACAUAUCAUAAGAAAGACCAGGCUGAGCUGGAGAGAGAAACAGUGGUCACUGGUGACAGACUCAUACAGUAUAAUUACCUCUGCAUGUAUUCUAUGUGACUGUCUAAUUCUCCAUCUCAUGGUCUCUAGAUCCUGAUGCCUCUGCGUUCGUUUGGAGACGUGAGGUUCAAGUGGAGCCUUGAGCUGCAGCAGAGUGUUCUAGAAAGCCUGGAGUCUGGAAUGGACCUGGACUCUCUAAACCUCUACCAGUACACUCCGCCCAACUACCUGAGCCCGCCCUACCUGGACGUGGCGCCACAGCUGACCUAUCACAGCCUGCGACCGCAGGACCGCUUCCUGAUCUUGGGCUCUGAUGGGCUGUGGGACGAGAUGAGCUCUAAGGAGGCGGUACGGCUGGUGGGAGAACACCUGAGUGGGAUUCACCUACAGGUAAGGACGAGAGGGUGUGCGAGAGAGAUGGGGCACUGUGUUUGUGUGUGUGAGGGCUGUGGGAUAACCACUUGUGGGGGGAAACUUUUUACGGGUGUCUGUUUUUUGUCCAUGUGCAUAUAUAAUUUUGAAUGUAGUAAACUGUCGUUCUGCAGUCUCCCGUCUCCCCCACUGAGAGACAGUUGAACCUGGGCCAAAUGCAAGAGCUGCUGCUGAAACGCCGUGCCCGUGCCAUGCCCACCCUGGACUCCAACGCUGCCACACACCUCAUCAGACACGCCCUGGGCACCGGGCAGUAUGGAGAGCUCUGCCAGGAGAGACUGGCAUCCAUGUUGGCUCUGCCUGAGGACCUGGCACGCAUGUACAGAGACGAUAUCACAGCUACUGUGGUUUACCUGAACUCUGACCUGGUCAGACAACACAGGUAACACAGAUGGGGACACACACACACACAAACAUAACAUUUUUACAGUAACGAUGGUCUACUUCAACUCAGGCCUGGUCACGUUACACACACACACAUUUCUUGACAAUUGUUUAUUUACCUUAGGGUGAAAACAUUUGCUGCGUACUUAGACCUAAAGCUCAAAUACUGCUCUCAGAAAGUGGCAUUGUAUUAGUGUUUUUCAAAUGGUUAAAUAUAGCUUGAAACUCCUACAUGCAGGUGAAUAACCAUGUUGUUUUCCAAUAAUUCCAAUAAUGUAUGUAUGCUGAUGUUAAACUUUGUCUGUUUUUUUUUUUUUACUGCAUAGUCAUCAUAGUCCCAAAGCACCAUCGGAGCAACAUGUUUCACCAGACUGACUGGGUACCACAUCAUACAUGACCAUAGUUUAAAUAAAUCAUAUUUUCUUAUGAACUCUCUGGUGCACUUCCUCACUUUAUACUGUCUGAUAAAAUCCUAAAUAUAUUUUCAGAACUAUAUUUUCUAUGACUUUAUGUUACCUGGUGUUAGUUUGGUAAAACUGCUAUGUAAUGUAUUUUUACUAUUUGCUGACAAUCUACAGUCCACAAACUAAACUGAAGGUUUAUUGUUAUUGGCACAUGUAGUUUGUACAUGUGUAAAGUCGAGUUGAGAGCAGUCCGAUCAGUGGAUGAAGUGAAAUUGCUCAUUGUUUGCUGUAAAGGUUUUUUUCAAAUCAUGAAUUGAACUUCAAAUCACUUCCUAAUGAAAAUGAGUUAAAAUGUUAACCAAAACCCUUCAAUUCUGUUCGUUGUUUUUCUGUCUGUGAUAGUUUUGAGUUGUCUCCAUCUCCUGUAAUGUGUCCUCUGCUCUCUCAAAUCCUCUGUUUUCCCUCUUAGGAUAUUUUUAAAAUGUUAUGCUCGCCUCGCCCACAGGGUUUCUUUAGUGUAAUUAACACUAUGGAGCAGAGGCUGGACGAAGUGUACUUUUUAGUCAGUCACAUGUCAGUAUUUUAGGUCUCAAUGUACCAUCUUCUGUUUCAAUAAAGG